GCAAAUUUUGCUAAACUGAGCGUCUGCCAAAAAAAGUAGAAACACUAUCGCUAACAACAGCUAACCAGAAGUACAACUGCGACCUCUACGUUCACCUUCAUCAAAAGAACAAGAAUAAAGAUGGCGCGCACUCGGAAAAACACGUCUAAAGCAGGUCCUCUUGGCUUACCUCUUUGGCUCUGGGCGGUCCUUGGUGCCUCUUGCUUCAUCUUUACCGGGAAAAUCAUCACGCAAUGGGAUACAACGCCAAAGAAGGGGAAAGCUGGUAAGGAGGUUGAUGCAGCAGCCGGAAAAGGAAGAGACGCAGCUUCUAAAGGCAAAUCAAACCCGGAGGAUGACAUCCACAAAGAGUUGGACGAUUUUCAGAAAGAGGUAGAAAAACUGGAAGCUCGUCGAAAGGAGAGAGCCGCGAAGCGAGCAAAUAGUACGGCCGCUACAAGUAACAGCUCCACCUCGUCCACUACAGAAGUUUCAUCGCAGAAUGCUACUUCUCUAGAACAUCAAGUGCUGGAACAAACAACAAGAACAACCAAGAACAACAGCACCUUGGCUGUAAAGGAUGAAACAGCUUCUUCUACCUCAAGAACUGUCGUGGUCGAGGAACAAGUAGUCGAAGACGUUGGGCUUGUAGCUCCUGAAGAAGAGAACAUCAACUCCACAUCGAAUUCUUCUACUUUUUUUCAGAAAGAACAGGAAGAAGAGCGGGAAGAAGACGAUUGGGAUCGCGAGGAUGAGAGAGAUGAUGCUCUGGAGAAAAACCUAUCCACUGAGCUGUUGUUGAAAUUGAGCUUGAAGCUGUAUGAAGCGACCGGUCGGGCUAGCAGUGUUAUGGCGUUGUAAAUGUGUAGUUAAAUAGUGCCAUUAACAACUUUGCUUUCCGUAGACUGCGACAUAAGAAUGCGGAUUAUUUGUUGUUGAAAGAUUACUCCUCCACCUUCCAGUUGGUUGAACAAGAGAAGCUAGCUCAUCUGCAGUCCACUUCCGCAUCCCACUCCCACCUUCUAAAACUAUCGAUUACGACAAUGCAGCUGCAAUUCGACAGGUCUUGACGGAAUUGAAAGUGCUCAGCGACGCUAUCGAAAACGUGAAAACGCCUGUGGUUAGAGGACACUUCUUGCAGGAAAUUCAGAAUGGAAUCGCGGUACUAGUAGUAGCGUCUAUGACAUAGUGUUCCUGUUUAAGCAAUGUUGAGCAACUUAAUGUUCUUGUACAUGACUCGAACUCGCGCCUUUUUUAUGAUACCCCGAAACCCCUUCUUGUUACAUCUUCAUUUUUCAUCACGAACUAAGUACACCCUAUUCCAAAAACUACAACCUCAACCCAGUCAUAUGGAAUGUUGGUAGAAGUCGUACAGGAGCUACUUGCACCACCUCCAGGUAAUUCGUGGCACGGUAAAGCAAAAGAUGAUGGAUGAAAGCGUCUUAGAUGACGCCGAGAUGGCCGAACUACUGGAGAUGAUUGCGCAGCAAGAAAGCUACACCUAUGAUCAACCCGAGUACUGGGAGAGACACUACAGUACUACAUCAGUUAUUUCCAUCAGCUGGAAAAUAUUGAGAGAGAGGCAUUACAGUACUUAUCUUCUUGCAUCACGAAUACGACCUGCUACACCUAGAAGUACUCGCGGCAUUCACUCAGUCAGUGUCAAUUACAGUUUGACUGAGACAUUGACUAUGUCGCAUUCGUGGUCUACUUCUUGAUCGUCUGUAACUAGGUAAUAAAAAAAAUCAAAAAUCUUGUUUAUGAUUCCAUCACAAUAAGCGUUCACAUCCAGCACGAGUACAUCCACAUGAAUUCUACUUACAAGAAGGUAACGCGAAUGCUUCUGAGUGGUAUUUUUCAGCGACUGAGAAGCUGGAGCCCUUCUCUAUGACAGACGCAGUACCAUGGAACCCACGGACUGGAAUCGACGUCACGUCUGUCCUACUUGGUCCUGGGGCAAAGAACAGUACAACGAUUUCGCCCAAUGCAAAUUCUAACAACUCGGCUACUGAAUCUGGUGCAGGAGACGAAAAAGAUGAAAAAGUGAUGAUGUUACGGCGGCGGAUUCGACUUCUUCUGCUUUUCUUCUAAACAUUUUUGAAUUUGAAUGACACUACAAGGAAAGUUCUUAUUAUAAAAACGUGAAUAAUCUCGAUCUCCUCUAGCGUGGUUCAUCUCGUCUGUUUUUUUAUAUCCACAACCUACCGUGAUCGUGAAUCAAUCAUGUUGUUCUAAUCUUCCCUACUAGCCUUAUCUAGGAUAAUAUCGAUUUUCUUGUUCAUCCACAACCUACCGUGAAUCAUGUUGAUGUUCUAAUCUCCACUAGCCUGAUCGACUUUUUUGGACCGAAAGGCCCACUACAUGCAGAAGUUGGAGGAAAGGAUGCGAAGAUUCUGAUCCUAGGAUGUGGGAGGUCAGAGCUGAGCAAACUCUUGGUAACCUCCACAGAGAACGAGGAGAACGGUGCUCCCUUUUACAUUCCUGCGAAUGUGCUGGGCGUUGAUGUGAGCACAACUCUGAUUGAAAACAUUAUGAUGUUGGACACACUUCAUCUCCAAUACUAUAACUAUGUAUUAGGUCGUGCUUCUGAUUAUGUUAAUGUAGAAGUACUAAUCCACCUAUAAUAGUUGCACUUUCAGAUGCAGCUGCAGCAGCUGGUGGGGUUGCCAACGUGUACUAGCUUCCGUGAAAAUAGCACUUCUAAUUCCCUGCGUCGCGAGCAUCCUGGAUUGCGUUACGAGGUUGCGGAUGCGACAGAUCUGAAGACACUUAUCCCGAAAAACGGCAGUUUCGAUAUCGUCUUCGAAAAAGGAACCUUGGAUGCCGUAGAACAAAGCCCGCAGAUGUAUCAAGGAAUCUUAUGGCAUUGGCAUUGAAACGAAUAGAUCUUAACUCUCCUCCUCGUUUAAUACGUUGAGGACAUGCAGCUGCAAAUGAACUACCUAUCGUAAAUUUGAGCAGGACAUGCAGUUGCAAAUGGACUACCUAUCGUAAAUAAACCUUCAUGGCAGUAGUUAUUGACCUUAAUACAUCAGCGUAAUGAAAAUUAGUAGGGGAGAACUUGGGCUACUCCUAUUUAACCUGAACGUACUAGAAAGAACUCGAAAGGUUUCUACUGAAGCACAUAGAAAGCGAAAGCGUCUAGUUCGAUAGUGGACACAUCGUUCUAAAAAGAGCUGCUGAGGCGGUACGCGUGCUGGGAGGUGGUAACGCAGCCACGAAAGAGAAUGCAGCAGGCAGUAAGAAGAAGUUUUUCGUCUCUGUAUCUUUGAGGGAUACGGUUCUUGAAUCUUCCCACGAUCAAUUCGGAGAAAACUUCAAGGACUGCAAAGUUAAGCUGCAAGGUCGUUCUUUAUUCAUCUUGACUUUUUACUGCUCGACAUGAUUUAUUUUAUUAUUCGUGACUUUUUUUCAAAUUGUUCAACGAUCUCCAAUUUCAAGAGGGCGAUGAUCACGCUGUUCUCUCUUCCUUCUCAAAGAAGAGUUGAAAAAGAAGACGGAGAUGCAAGGGAUAGAGAAGAUGAAGGGAAGUAUAACAGUCAGCACGGGUCUCCUCGAUUAAGUAGUUUCUCUCUUAAUCUCUAAAACAACGAUUAUCGUGAAUCGUGCGCGCCAAGGCCACAAGGAAGAGGUUCGAUCCGCAGGCGUCUUUUUGAAGUGGUGUGAAAUCUAGAGAAUAUAUUUUGAUACUUAUCCUCUAGAAGCAAUCUUCCUUAUCGGACUUGGAUGAAGACGUCGACCUAAUUAAGUAAUCCUCAAACGCGAACCUAAAACCUGUAUUUAUUAGGACUGCUCGAAGUCGAAAGCACUUGGAACGACCACAUGCUUCCGACUGGAUUGAACAUACCAGUACUAGAAACAUAGAAAUCUGGAAGUGAAAAAUCGAUUAGAGCAGGUUCCGAGAAUUUGAAAAAAGAUUUAAAAACCUCAUAGACGAAAGUCAAAGUGUUUGGAUCAAGGUACUAUCGUUACUACCAUGUUUGCAUAAACCAUAAACUAACAAGAACUUAGUCUACCAGAAAAUAAGUCACUUGUUGGAGCUGGAGGUUGUCUGCGUUUUUGAGCAAGUAGUACACCAAAGCUCAAGAAGUACUUCUAGAAGCGUAAACAUAGAUACAACUGCCAAGAAAAAAGUAGCCUAAGGAGCUAGAUGAACAUGAAACACUCUCCCAAGUUACAAAAAAAGAUAUAAUACUCAUGGUCAUCAUGAUGUACAAGAAACAUAAGUCAUAUUAUUCGUCAACAGCAUAUUGUACACUGAUGUUCUCAUUGGUGGACAUUAGCUUUUAAAGUCUGUGUAUAACUUGUUGUAGAAAACAGAAAACGAAGCAGAUCAUGUGGGAGAUAAGAAAUCAAUCGAGGACAGCAUUCAAAAGACGUAGUGUUCAAAAAAGCCACAGCCAACAGACGAAC